AAUGUGUGUGUGAUGGUGAACUUCUCCAUUCCCCUGUAGGUAGUGAAGUAUCGGUAGAAGCUUGCUGUCCGUCUAGAAGCUGAUACCAGGGAGAGGUUUAAUCAGCGAGGAUCGUGUAAUUCCAUCGGCAUACGGAAAUGAACUGUUCUUCGACAAACAUCUCCACGGCCUUAGAGAGAACUCGGCAUGAGGGACUGAACUUCCUCAUCAUCCCUGCCGCGCUCCUCACCGGCGUCACGCUGUUGUUGGACCUCCUGCUCCUGGUCUGCAUCCUCGGACAUCGCCACCUCUGUAAGGAAACACGCUACCUUCUCCUGGCCAACGUCUUCCUCUCUGACACCCUCUUCCUCAGCUCCAACUUUGCCAACAUCGCCUGCAACAUGCUCCAGGUCAAGGUGUCCCACAUGUUCUGCGAGCUCAUCAUGGUCUCCAAGGUGACGACGUGCUGCUCCACCAUACUGACGCUGACGCUGAUGGUCGUGGACACGUACUUGGCCGUCCGCUGUCCCCUGCGCUACACACAGGCUCUCCGGCCGCGUCACGCGAUGGGCGCGGUGGCCGCCGUGUGGUUGGUGGCUGCCUUCCUCCCCUUCGCUCUCCUCCUGCUCACGCCGGCCAUCCUGCUCUCUGGACCGCCUGUUCUGAAGGACUGUGUGGUGCUGGUGAUUCUUGACUGCCUCCAGAACCAAAUGCACAUCAACCUGCAUGUCUACUUCACCGUGAUGGUGUUUCUCUGCACCGCGCUGAUCUGCUAUUGCUACAUGAGGCUCUACCUGGUCACCAGGAGCUCUGGGAUAUGGCGCAGCCGCUACUCACGUGCGCGCACCACUCUGCUCCUGCAUGCCCUCGUGCUUACGGUCUAUUUCACACCGUGUUUUGUUUUCACAGCACAGCUGGGGUUGCAGGACACGAUGGAGGCGGAGCUAGCGGUGUGGCUCGACACUGUGAACGUGACGGUGCUCUUGGUGAUGUCGCGUGCUAGCGCCCCCUGUUUAUACGGCCUGCGCUACCGCGAGAUCUAUCGCACAGUGUGGAUGACUGUUGGGAGGAGACACCCCAGUCACAUCUCAUAAAGUUCAGCAGCAGGACAUCACGGACCACCAGAGUUACCCAUGAGACUGAGCAGUGCCAACUGAGCAGUGCUCAACACUGUCUGUCUCUAAGACAGCUGUCAGCUUGUACAUGUCUCUACGACAGUCUAGGACAGUCUAAGACAGCUGUUAGCAUGUCUACGUCUCUAGGACAGUCCAAGACAGCUGUUAGCAUGUCUACGUCUCUAGGACAGUCCAAGACAGCUGUUAGCAUGUCUACGUCUCUAGGACAGCUGUUAGCAUGUCUGUCUCUAGGACAGUCUAAGACGGCUUGUGUAUGUCUCUAAGACUGUCUAGGACAGUCUAAGACAACUGUUGGCAUGUCUACGUCUCUAGGACAGUCUGGGACAGCUGUUAGCAUGUCUACGUCUCUAUGACAGUCUAGGACAGUAAGACAGCUGUUAGCAUGUCUACGUCUCUAGGACAGCUGUUAGCAUGUCUACGUCUCUAGGACAGCUGUUAGCAUGUCUACGUCUCUAGGACAGCUGUUAGCAUGUCUACGUCUCUAGGACAGCUGUUAGCAUGUCUACGUCUCUAGGACAGCUGUUAGCAUGUCUACGUCUCUAGGACAGUCUAAGACAGCUGUUAGCAUGUCUGUCUCUACGACAGUCUAGGACAGUCUAAGACGGCUUGUCUAUGUCUCAGACUGUCUAGGACAGUUUAAGACAACUGUUAGCAUGUCUACGUCUCUAGGACAGUCUAGGACAGCUGUUAGCAUGUCUACGUCUCUAGGACAGCUGUUAGCAUGUCUGUCUCUACGACAGUCUAGGACAGUCUAAGACAGCUUGUCUAUGUCUCUACAACAGUCUAGGACAGUCUAAGACAGCUGUUAGCAUGUCUACGUCUCUAGGACAGCUGUUAGCAUGUCUACGUCUCUAGGACAGAGAGAUGGGGUGUUGCCCUUUUAUUUUGUCCACGUGAACUCUUCAACUAAAAUGACUCACAUAGUAAUAACUGAACAGCCCUGUAUGUUCUCAUUAUUACUGGUCCCGUGUACUGGUCCAUUUUGCCCUGUAUGUUCUCAUUACUACUGGUCCCGUAUUCUCUCUUUAUUGUUACAGUAUUUGUUGUCUGUUAUCUCCUUUCACUGUGUACCUGUGUAUAUAAUUAGACUCACAAUAAAAGCUCUCUUGACUCUUGACAGAAUUUGUAUAUACAAAGCGCCUCUUUGAUAAAGUGACCAGAGAAGAACCCUGGGUACAUUUCCAGCCAACU